ACUCACGCGCCCUCAACGACAACAUUCAUUGUUUACGUCCGUCCGUCGUCGAGAGUCGCGUGUGUAUAUGUGGGCCGGGAUCUGUGUCGUUCUCUUGACUGAGUAAAUCUGUAAAUCUGUGAUCCUUUCUACUCUACAAAAGAAUUCUUCCUGACCAAUAAAAUCUCUAUAAAAACUGUAUAAAUAAAGCUUAGCUUAAUAAGUUGAAGUAAAUAAUAUGUCACUUCAUGUCAUCACGGAGAUCGGCGUUCCAGGACGAAUUGAGCGUGAGAGGCGUCACUUUGCAGAGAAGCGUGGUUAUGAUAAAGCUACAGUAAGAGGUCGUCAGUUUAUACCUCAUGGAGAAGGAUCUCAACCAACAUGGAAUCCUCAUCCACAUUGCCUUCAAGUUAAAUAUUCAAAUAAGGGUCUAGAUUGGUCAUCUCGUGUUCGGUACAUCCCUGCCCCAACUGAUCCCGAGCCAAGGGAAGACUUUAAACUUCCAUCUUUAAGAUGCUAUCCAGGUGCUCUUUUCCAGACUCAGACUGAGUGGUCCUUUUACCCUGAAGGCUUCCACAUCGGCAAACGAUGCCAGUUUCCUCCUGAUGCACUACCUCAAGAUAAAAAUCAUCCAGCAAGUACGACGUCAUCAAAGGAAAUCACUCACUCCAUUAUGCUGGGAAAAAAUAGAAAAUUGCCAUCCACAUUUGAAAGGAGAGGUUAUAUCCCUGCCGCUGCAUCAGGAGAUAAGUCUUAUCAAGCUGUAGAAUAUUCUCCUCAAUUCCACAACUUUGGCUCCACAAGACCUAUUGUUAACUUUGGCGGUGAUGUACGGAAAAAACAUGACACGUUUGUCCCUCUUCAAGACUUGCCAAGUUAUCCAAGUGAGUGUUUCUCCAUCAAGGAAAGAAGACGAAAGUAUCGCGAGGAACUUAAUUCUGUACGACAGUUAGAUGUAUGGGAACCAGCUAUUCCACUUGGUGCCCCAUUUGGAAGUGAAGAAAGCAGAAAAUAUAUCACCGUGUAGGGAGUGAUUUUGAGAUCAGAUGUUUGGACACUCGGCAGUUAUUUAUUUGUAUUUGUAAAUGGGACGAUCUGCAAGACUGGAUGAGAGUUUGUUCUUUUUGAAACUUGUAGAAGAAUAUUGGGAGAAGAUAUUACCACCAUCUUUGUCAUGUUCCCUAUGUUAAGCAAUAUCACUAUAAUCAUGGAUUAUUGGAAUGCAAUGGGACCAGUCUACAUUGUCAAUUCAGAGAAAGUUUGAGUGCACUCCAGGGUUAACUAAAGGUUGACUAUUUUUAAUCGAACCAGGGCUGGUCGACCAUUGGUUGACCACUAUGGUUGUCCAUUUGGAACCAGCCUCAGGACUAUGAUUUCUUCUGUGCUCGGAUAGCCUGUUCCAUGCUUUCAUGUGUAAAGCGCAGAAGGGAACGGCAGAAGGCAAUGGAAUGCUCUAUACCAUGGUACCAAUGGUUGACUAGGCUUCCAAAUGAGUCGUUAUGAGUAUGUCACUGCGCAAGUACGUUGCUAGACGAUCACGGGUCGACUAAAUGUGUGCACUCAAACGUGCUCUCAGCCUGACGUUGAUUACAUUUUGUUUGAUGGAAGGAAAAAGAUGAUUUACAGCGGAUACUAGGAUAAUAAUAAUAACUAGAGCUAAAUUGCAUUUGUGCACAAAUGCAGAGCUGUUUCGUCAAUAAAAAUUUCAAAUUUCUCAACUGAGUUUUAAAUUUGUUGGGUAUUCAAAGCAACUUGCCCAAUGUGGCAUAAAUAAAAAAAUUAUUUGUAUUAUAUCAUGUUCAGAUAGCAAUUUAUGUGUUAAAGGUGCAAAAAUUUAAAAAUCAUAAAAAAAUCAUGUGAUGACGUCAUCAUGACGUCAUUUGACAUUUCAUAAGAACUUGACAAUAUCCAACAACCUAUCAAGUUUCAACAUGAUCGCAUAAUUACUUGGGAAGUUAUAUUAGUUCAAAAAGUGCACCUUUAAGGACGCGU